AUGGCAAAAGCAUUAAGAUCCCAAUGGCCAGAAACUUGUCAUCGCUUAUGUAUUUGGCAUAUGUAUCAAAAUGCAGCAAAACACUUGAGUAGUGUUUUUGAAAGAUUUCGUGAGUUUGCAACUGAUUUUGGAAAUUGCAUUUAUGAAUAUGAUGAAGAAUGUGAAUUCAUUGAGGCUUGGGGGAACAUGCUUGGGAAAUAUAAUCUUGAAAAUAAUGAAUGGUUGGCACAACAGUUCAAACUGAAGGAGAAAUGGGCUUUGGUAUAUGGAAGAGAGGCUUUUUGUGCAAAUAUGACUACUACUCAACGAAGUGAAAGCAUGAAUAAUGUACUUAAAAAGUAUGUUAGCUAUCAACACACUAUGUUGCAGUUUUUUCAACAUUUUGAGAGGUUGAUCGAUGAUCGUCGUUAUGAAGAGUUAAAAGCAGACUUUAAAGUUAGCCAACGUAAUUUAGCACCAUCACUUCCAAUUGAAAUUUUGAAUCAUGCAGCAACUGAAUACACCCCUGCAGUGUUGAGAAUUUGCAAGAAGUUUGAGUUUGCAGGAAUAUUGUGCUCACAUAUCCUUAAGGUUUUCUCAUUUCAUAAUGUUGUGAAAAUACCAUCUCAAUACAUUUUAAAGAGGUGGACAAAGUAUGCAAAGAUGGGAGUUACAAGUAGUACACCUGAGAUAAGACAAGGAGAUGAUCCUAAAGUAUCUUUGGCAUUACGUUAUCAAGAUUUAUCCAGGUCUUACAAUCAUAUUGUAACAAGGGCAUCAACAACUGAAAAAACCUAUAAACUUGCAAGAGAUGUUUUUAAAAGACUUUCAGAAGAUGUUGAUGCAUGUUUGAAAGAAGAAACAGUUCAAAGCAAAGAGGAGAAUCAUACAGCCAAUGAAAUUAAUGCAACAAUAAAAGGUAUAAAAUCAAAUAACAAGAGAGUUCGUGGUAGUUCUUCACGUCCAAAGAGUGCUCUUGAAAAAAUGCGGAAGAAGACCAAAGUUUCCAAAAAAAAUUCAUCUACAAAACAGGUUUCACAAGACUUUAACAACAAUGAUCAAGUCAAUAGUUAUAUACCACUCUCUCAAUCAGACUUGUCAUUCUCCGCACCAUCAUUUAAUCAUAAUCAUAUUAAUGAUACACCUGAAAUUUCAAACGUAAGAGCAAGCAUGACUGAAUUACUUUUACAGGCUGAGAAGGCAUCUACUAGAUUUAUUUGA